UCGAAAAGCCCUAAUUUCACGGCGUGUUGCAUCGGAGCUUGAGGAUUUAGGGUUUGGAGAUCGAUGGGAAGGAGGAAGGAACGCCGCCUUGCAGCCAUGCACGGUGCUGGGCGGAGGGUGAAACUAGAUCUCUUCGCCGAACCCUCUGGAGAGGCAGGGGGCAGUUCUUCAAAUGAUGGAGUUGGGAGGAAUAUGGAUCACAAUCACCAUACUGGGGACCCUGUGUCCCCAUCCUCUUCAGGCCAGAAGCAGGAAAAUCCCUUAAUGUUACUUGGACAAUAUAGUGAUGAGGAGCUGGAUGAGGAAGCAACUGAACAACCAAAUAAUGCUGAUGAACAGACCUCCUUAACUGGUUUAGAAUUCCAGGCUGAACAUGGAGAUGUUAGCAACGACAAAGGACACAUCAAUGACAAAGAUGUUGUUGAACUUGUUGAUAAGGAAUCCGAUAAAUUAGAUACUACUGAAAGUAAAGAGGGUUACAGUGUAAAAGAGGAGGAAAUUAUUUCUUCUGCAGCCAUUCAGAACAAUGAAACUGACUCAGCUACUCAUGCUCCAGAAGCCUCUGGACCUCAAAUUCAUGGGGAUGUGACUGGUGGUUGGAAGAUGGUGAUGGAUGAGCAAAGUAAUCGAUAUUAUUAUUGGAAUACUUUUACAGGGGAGACUUCAUGGGAGACACCUAGCUCGGUGGCUCUUACAUCAGAAAAUAUCAGUGAACAUGAUGAUUCUCUUGGUGAAGACAAAACAAAAUCUCUGGUGCAUGAGCAUUCGUCCAUGCAACUGAAUGACACUAUAGUGGCAUAUUCAAAUAUUUCUUCUGAUAAUCAAAGUUUAAACGGAGGUGGUGCCCAUUUGUCUUACGAUGCAACACAUUAUAACCCUGUUGCAACUGGCAUUUCAUAUGGGGAGGCUUCCAUCUUACCGAAUGUUGGUUCAUUUCACCAGUCACAUAUUUUUUCAGAACAUCAUCCAAACUUAGGGGAGGUGGUUCAUGCUUCAAGUGCUGAACACAAGGAUAUGCACAUGACUAGUUAUAUUGAGAGCACUGAAGCAAUAGCAGCUCAUUCUGUGACACUUAUACAGUAUGCUGAAAGUUUAUUGCAGAGAUUAAACACACUCUUAAGGUCUGGUAAUCAUGUGACAGAUCAUGUGUUAAUUAUGAAGGAGAUUGAGAUUAGGAUAUCUGAUUGUAAGGGGCUGUCAUCAUAUGGAUCCUCUUUGCUACCAUUUUGGUGGCAUACAGAGGUGCAGCUUAAGCAGUUGGAGUCAGUUAUUGGCAAAGAAGAAUCUUCCCAGCUCAAUACCUUUAAAAGUUGCAAUGAACAAACUGGAGAUAAAGCUACUGUAUUUUCUGAAAGCUUGGGAACAAGAUCUGAGACUGUUGGUAAAAAUGAAGGCACAGGUGCUCUUGUCUUGAAUGAUAAUUCUCCUUCAAGAUAUGCAUCAAAGGAUGGACAGACAGAAAUGAGCAAUGUGUCAGGGAGCAGGGCAGGAGGGACUGAGCAAACUUUGUCUGGACCAACUUUUCAGGGGUCAAGGGAUGAGAAAGAACCAGGGGAGAUAGAAGCCGAUCAGACUGUUCUGUCUGUAGAAAUGGUUAACAAAGUUGGCACAGGCGCUAUAGAAGAUGUAGACAUGGAUGUGGAAAUGGAGGUUGAUGAAGAUAUCCCUGUGGACCAAACAGCUGGUGCUGGUAGAUCAAUUGGUGAAGGUCCAACUCUAUUAGAACAGCAAACUCAAACAAGCCUAUUAACAACUGAGAGGGCCCCACCUCCUCCAGAAGAGGAGUGGAUUCCCCCACCACCUCCUGAAAGUGAAGCAAUUCCUCCACCACCAACGGAAGAGCCACCAACAUCUCCAAUUCCUCCACCUUUUCCAGAAACACAGCCUCUUAAUUCUUAUCAAGAACAGUUUAAUACAGGGUACACUGUUCCAACUUAUGAUUUCUAUACUCCGACUGUGAAUGAAGUAGGGAAUAAUGGUUAUUAUGUGCCUGUAGAAGGAUGCCAUAUUGCUGAACAGGCAACACCAUAUUAUGGCCCAGUGGCUGCUAAUGCCUUUCCUCAUUUGGCAGCAGAUGUUAGCUCAGUUGAACCUGUUGUGUACUAUGAUCCUUCAAGCACAGUCAUACCUGCUGGCCCUGCAGCAAGUAGUGUGGAAUCAUCAAUUUACUAUGUGGAAGCCAGUUCCAUUAGCUAUCACAUCACAACAAUGCUUCUUUGUUGGAUCAAUCUGGGACAAGUGACAUCUACUACGGAACCCGGAAGCAGUUCUUUACUGUCUGAGAAGAUUGAUAUGAACUCCUCACAGCCAGCCUCCUUUACAUCCACCAUUCAAGUUGCUGAAAGUUCUCUGGUGAAUGGGAAUAAUGCCGAUGUGCUCCCUGCUACUGCCAAUAAGAACCAAUCAAAAGUUGUACGUGGCAAGAAGCGAACUCUGGCAGUGGCAUCUUCUUUGAGGUCUAAUAAGAAAGUUUCCAGUCUGGUGAACAAGUGGAAGGCUGCAAAGGAAGAAUUGCAUGGGGAUGAGGAUGAGGAUGAAGAACCUGAAAAUGCUUAUGAAGUUUUAGAAAGAAAACGCCUGAAAGAAAUAGAGGAAUGGCGCAAACGGCAGAUAGAAAGUGGAGAAGCCCAAGUCAAUGCUAAUUUCCUUCCACUGGGCGGUGACUGGAGGGAGCGGGUAAGGCGCAAAAGAGAACAGAAAGCCAAAGCAGCUCAAACGCCUUCUGAGGGAAUUGAUGAUGGGAAAAAGAUUCCUAACUUAACAGAACUAUCGAAACAUCUUCCUUCGGGCUGGCAGGCUUAUUGGGAUGAAUCAACAAAGGAGGUGUACUACGGCAACACAGUUACUUCAGAAACCUCAUGGACCAAACCAAGUAGAUAAUUGAAGAACACAUAUAUAUAUUCUUGGAUAUUUUAGCCUUCCACACUUCAUUGUAAAUAGUCUCUUGAGAAUUUAUUUUAUUUUAUGUUAAAGAGUUUCUGUUCGAUCAUCUAGAAGAAUGCUGGCUCAUGUGACAUGCAUUUUUCCGGCGAAAAGAAUUAUCCGACGAGAGUGUAAUAUCAUAAUUUUGUUUUUGUUCA